AUGAAUGUAUAUACGCUGUUAUGCUCUACUGGUUACAUCGAGCGCAUUGACGUGUUGCCAACAUUUUCGGUGCUUGUUGAUAUGGAUGACAAGCGGUGGACAACUUUGGAAGUAGAACUCAAGGUGGUUCGGGUGACGAUCCCAGUGAACGAGAAACCUCCGUCACAAGGCGAUGCCAAGGACUAA